AUGUCUGGCAAUAAUUGCUCUGCUGUGACUGAAUUCAUUAUUUUGGCAUUAACAGAUGAUCUAACCCUUCAUGUCAUCCUCUUUGUGAUAUUUCUGGGUGUCUAUACCAUCACCUUAUUUGUUAACCUUUGCAUCAUAAUAUUGAUUAGAAAUAGCUCCCAGCUUCACACUCCAAUGUACCUUUUCCUGAGCCACUUGGCUUUUGUGGAUAUUGGUUAUUGUUCAUCUGUCACACCUCUCAUGUUUAUCAAUUUCCUUAUGGACAAGACUUCAAUUUCUCUGGGAGGCUGUGUGGCCCAGUUUUGUUUUGCAACCACCUUUGGGACAGCUGAGUGCUUUUUGCUAGCUGUGAUAGCCUAUGAUCAGUAUGUGGCCAUUUGUAGCCCCUUACUCUACUCCAUCCAUAUGUCUACCAGGGUCUGUACUCUGCUAUUCUUCACAUCCUAUCUGGGUGGUUGUGUAAAUUCUUGGAUCUCUACUGGUUGUUUAUUGAAUCUGUCCUUCUGUGGACCCAAUAAGAUCAAUCACUUUUUCUGUGAUUAUUCAUCACUUCUGAAGCUUUCCAACUCCCAAGACGAUCUUUCUGAAAUUCUUCCUGCUGUCUCUGCUGGGACAAUAAUUAUAAUCACAGUGCUGAUUAUCCUAAUCUCUUAUGUAUAUAUCCUCUUCUCUGUCCUGAAGAUAAGGUCCACUGUGGGGAGAUCCAAAGCUUUCUCAACUUGCACCUCCCACUUCACAGCAGUCAUUCUGUUCUAUGGGACCUUUACAUUCAUUUAUGUGAUGCCUAAAUCCAGUUACUCAACAGCUGAGAAUAAAGUGGUGUCUGUUUUCUAUGCUGUAAUGAUCCCCAUGUUGAACCCCCUGAUCUACAGUCUAAGGAACAAUGAAGUAAAAGGGGCCCUGAAGAAAUAUAUGGGUAGGAAACAUCUUUUUUCAUGA